AUGACUUUCAAGAAACUGGUAUCGUUUGAAGUCGAGUAUGCACCUCAGUAUCAUUUCACUAAGUACAUCUCAACUCGUACCAAGCUUCAACUAGUUCACUUAAAUAACAAGUCGUCACCUUUAGUACAAGGUUACUUUGCCGUUGGAACAGAAUGUCCAACAGAUUCUGGUGUUCCUCACACCUUAGAGCACUUGAUUUUCAUGGGAUCUGAGAAGUACCCAUACAAAGGGUUGCUCGAUACUGCUGGAAACCUAUGCAUGUCAAAUACAAAUGCUUGGACUGCCACCGAUCAAACCGUUUACACUUUGUCAACCGCAGGCUGGAAAGGUUUCAAGAAACUUCUACCAGUGUAUUUAGAUCACUUGUUCUUUCCAACUUUGACAGAAGAUGCUUGUACCACCGAGGUGUAUCAUAUCGAUCCAGACGAUUUAUCUGAUAAAGGUGUCGUGUUUAGUGAAAUGGCUGGUAUCGAAUCUCAAUCAUGGUUUAUCACAACACUAGAAAAACAAAGACUAUUGUUUCCAGAAGGUAGUGGAUACCGGUCCGAGACUGGUGGUUUAACACCAAAUUUACGUGUGUUGACGAACGAUGAAAUUAGAGAAUUUCAUAAACAAAUGUAUACACCAGAUAAUUGCUGUGUGAUUAUCACUGGUAACAUUCCUUCAGAAGAAUUGAUCGAAUUGAUGGAAAUUUUUGAUAAACAGCUUCCAGAAUUUACUGCGAAUGAGAGAAAGAGACCUUUUAUUGAUACCCCGGCUUCUCAAAUACCGCAAUCAUUAACUGAGAUGAAGGAAAAGACAAUCGAAUUCCCUGAAGCUGACGAGUCUCAAGGCGAAGUGUCCUUUUCAUGGAUCACCCAACCAUACUUGAAGCAUAUUGAAGACCAGGCUGUUAAUAUUUUACUGGAAUAUCUCACUGAAUCUCCACUGGCUCCUUUCAACAUGGAAAUGAUUGAGAUCGAAAACCCAUAUGCUACUGACGCAGAGUAUUGGAGCGAUGAUUUUAUCAGGACAAUUUCAAACAUUUCAUUGAAAGGUGUUCCAACAGAUAGAUUGCAACAAGCUAAGGAAAAGACACUUGAUCUAUUGAAAACCCACCAUGUUUCUUUGGAUAGAAUCAGACUAGUCACUGAAAACAUGAAAUGGGAUUACAUAUUCAAAUUUGAAAAAAUUGGUGACACCAUGGUUGCGCAUAUGGCUAUCACCGAUUUCCUUUACGGUGCCACCGAUGGGGGAGUACUUGAAGAAAGCCUGAAAACAUUGGAAGAUUUCAACAUUCUGUUGUCUUGGUCCCAGGAAAAAUGGCAAGCUUUGCUUGAAGAAAGUUUUGUUACAAAUCAACCAGUGGUUGUUAUUGGGAAACCUAGUUCUAAGCUCAAUGAAAAACUGGAAAAUGAAAAUGACUCCAGGAUGAAAGAAAGAGCGAAGUUAUUUGAUGACGCUAAAAGAAAGGCCCUAAAAGAAAGCCUCUCUCAGGCUCAGCACAACAACAAUGUUCAAAUUCCUGAUGACGUUUUGGGAUCAUUUGAAAUUGAAAACCCGCAAGACUCUGUUUAUUUCACCGAAACUAAGAGUAUUUCAUGUAUUCCUGUUCCAUCCAAUGAUAGUGAUUUCCCUUUGACUGAUAAUAUCAUUAAUUUGAAACCAAAAGCUUUCCCUUUUUUCAUUCAUUUCGAGCACUUUCCAUCUCAAUUUGUUGAAAUACAUGUAGCAUUAAAUGUUGAUUUUGUUAAAGACUGUGAACUACUGCCAUAUUAUCAUGUCGUAACAGAACUAUUUUCCAUGCCAAUGAUAGGGGAGAAUGGUGAAACCAUUUCUUUCGAGGAUGUGGUAGCUCAGUUAAAAACUGAAACUGUUGAAACUGACAUAAGUAUGGGGAUCGGUGGAAAUUUUUCCAACUUAAUUGACUUCAAGAUUCAAUGCAAAGCUACAAAUUACUCGAAAGCGGUGAAUUGGCUCAAAAGAGUUUUAUUUGAUUCUGUAUUUGAUGAAAGCAGGGUUUCAAUUCUUUUAGAGAAGUUUUACAACUCAAUCGUUGAAACUAAAAGGGAAGGUGAUCAAAUGAUGUUUUCUUCUAUGAAUAGACAUUUAUACAAUGAGGGAUCGUUAAAGAAAUCUGCCGAUGAAUUGUACGUUGAACCAAUCAUUGAAUCAGUGUUGACAGAUAUUGAGGAUGGCCACUAUAUCCAGAAAAUUUUACCAAAACUUGAGUCAUUGAGAACUCAAUUAACCGAACAACUUCACAAGGCCCAUAUCUUAGUAUUUGGCGAUAUUGAUAGGUUGGGAGAUAUUUAUGAACCUUGGAGCCGUUACUUCGCUCCAAAGGCUAAAAAUAUACCCACCGUCACUGUUACUGUUCCACUGACACCAUUGCUGACCUCCAGUUUAUCUGAAGUUGGAAAAAAUCCAAUAAAAAAGGCAUUCAUAGUUUCAACUCCAGCUUCCGAAUCUUCAUAUAUGCUUGCCCUCACUGCCCUUCCUGGUGAUUUACAUUAUCUCCACCCAGAUUUUCCAGCAAUUUAUCUGGCAGCUGUAUAUCUGGAAUGUGUUGAAGGACCUUUCUGGAAGGGAAUUCGUGGUGCAGGGUUAGCAUACGGAGCUUACUUAACAAAAAUGUUCGAGUCUAAUAUGGUGGGUUUUAACGUCUACCGUGCUUCGGAUGCAGUUGCGUGUUAUGAAGCAGGUAAGCAAAUAGUCACUGAUUACGCUGGAGGAGAAAAGAUAUUCGAACCUAUUUUAAUCAAAGCAGCAAUCAGCAGCAUCAUAAACACGAUUGCAAGUAAUGAAUCCAACUAUUUCAAUGUCGCCAUAAACAAAUAUUUGAAUACAUUCUGCAAAAAGAGAGGGCCCGAUUUUAACACCGAAAUCUUGAAGAAACUAGAGAAAGUAACGGCAGAUGAUUUGAAAAACGCUAUGACAGAUGUGUAUAUUAAGAUUUUUGAUCCUGCUCGAGGUUCUAUAUUUGUAGCAUGUCACCCAAGCAAAGUGGAGAGUAUCCACAAAUAUUUCGAAUCUUUGUCGUAUGAUAUCACUGUUGAAGAGAUUUUCGAUGAUGAAGAUGACAGUGAGAACGGCAGUGGAGAUAAUAGUGGUGAUUACAGUGGUGAUAACUGA